AGUUAGAAAGGGAUUUGGCUUGGUUCUAUAUCCUUUCCCUUUGAUUCUUCUAAUCCCUUCUGUUCUGUCGUGCCCUGUGCCCAGCAAGUGCCCAUGUUGUGUGCAGAUGGGGUGAGAUGUGCUGAGCGUUCCCAGGGCUGCAGGGUGGCACUUGCAGGUUGUGUUGGCCAGCUUUGCAUGAGCUCCUGCCUCAGCCUUUGUUAGAUGAGGCACUGAGCACCUGUCCUUAACCACCACUUUAAAGGUGAAGGUGCUGGAGAGAUUAAAACCCAAACGCACCGUGUGGUUACCUGUGGGUAUUGGAUUACUCUGGAAACACAUAAAAACUGUCAGGAAGAUUUGCCUAUCAAUUAUAAAUAGUAUUUUCUUUUAAUGGCAGAAAUAUUUGUGCUAAUUUGUAAUUCUGGCUUUACUGACUGUGAUGGUUAAUGUGCCUGAUGGUCUUUUUCAGAUUUUCCUUUAUUGCUUUUAAAUAAGCAGAAUUACAGUCAGAAAGUCAAACCUGCAGGAUUAAAAAUAAUUUAUAUAAAGAAAACCUCACAAAUUUAAUAAUUCAGGAAUAAUGAAUCCGAUUAAUUUAUUCCAUUCUGAGCAAAAUCAAGGUGGUUUGUUUAUUGCUGCUACUGUUUUGUUUUAUCACCUAAUUUGCUGUAAUUAAAAUGGCUCUUCACCUUCUGUCGGUAAAUCAGAAAAUACGGUGUUAAUUCCGAUUUGUGCAGUUUGCGGGCUCGUUUCGUUAUUUGAAAGUAACCAGAAAUGUAUCAUGGUGACCCAUCGUAACUGAAGUGCCUCCAGGAAAGACAAGUCUUGGUUUUUCAAGUAACAUUACUUUCCGCAGACAGUCCUGGAAGCGUAGCGGCCCCACGGGGCUGGCUGUCGGUUCUGACCGCUCUGGCGGAGCUCGGGUCAGGGGAGCAGGAGCAGAGCCCUUCUCCCGCUGCCCGAGGGCGGCGGGGCCGGGAGGAGAGCAGAGCCCUUCUCCCGCUGCCCGAGGGCGGCGGGGCCGGGAGGAGAGCAGAGCCCUUCUCCUGCUCCGCCUUGUCGCUGGCGGUGGGGAAGAUUCCGGCGGGCCGGGCGGACACGGCAGGUCCGGUCGAUGGCGGCUGUCGCCGCCCGCUUCCAGCGUUCCCCAGACCGUCAGGCACGGCGGGAGGCGGGCCCGGAGAGCCUCGCUAACGGGAGAGGGGCCAGGCCGGCGUACCGGAUACCUGCGCUGGUGAGGGGGAAAAAAAUCCAACCUCACUGCUCAGUUAUCGUCAUUGUGAUUCAUCAGCUGCUGUCUCCUGGGCAGGUCUGACUGCUGAUUGGGCACAGAACUUCUCAAGGUGUGUCUUUUGUCAAGAAGCUUUUGCAUUUUAAGAGCACACAGUAGACCAUGAUAGCCUCCUGCUAUGAGUCUUAGGCAUUGCGAAGGAAUAGAAAAUGAAGUAUCUACCCAUUUCUAACUGGCUGACCCAGCUCGGUCUUGCAGAAUAUUGCACACUCUUUGAACAAUAUGGUGGUAUAGAGGACUUAUUCCAUCUCACAGAAGUUGAUCUUAGAAAACUGGGAAUUGAAAAUCAAGGCCACCGAACACAUCUCAUUUCCAAUAUCCUGCUGCUUCAGGAGGUAAAACAAAAGAGAGAACCAAAAAUGAUAGCUGCAGGAAAAUUUUCAAGUCUUCCCAGAAACAGCCCAGUGAACCACCAGUUCUCAUUAGCUUCCUCCAUGGACCUUUUGACCACAAAACCUUCACCAAUUGAGCAUCGUUCAAACUCCUUCCAAGGCAUCUCUAUCCAUGGCACUCUGCCCAGGAAGAAGAAGGGAACAAUUCCCUCUAGGUCUUGUGAUAUGUUUAGCCACGUGGGAACAUUGCCUUACACCAGAGCACGGCAGCAGCCACCUUUUGUACAGGACAUUAUAGAAGAGUACCCUCCAGACAAUGGAAAGAGCAACAAACUCCAUGCCAGAGAUCAGAAUAUUCUGGAUCCUACAUUGGAAUAUGUUAAGUUUUCUAGGGAGAGGCAAGUUAUGGACAAGAGCCCGGAAAAGCUGAAGAAGGAGUUAGAGGAAGAGCUGCAGCUGAGUAGUGAAGACUUGCGUAGCCAUGCCUGGUACCACGGACGUAUUCCCCGGCAGGUGGCAGAAGGCCUAGUUCAGAGAGAUGGAGAUUUUCUGAUUAGGGAUUCUCUCUCCAGUCCUGGGAACUUCGUUCUUACCUGUCAAUGGAAAAAUAUCCCUCAGCAUUUUAAAAUCAACAAAACAGUUCUAAGACUCAAUGAAGCCUACUGUCGUGUUCAGUAUCAGUUUGAGCUGGAAAGUUUUGACACUGUCCCUGGAUUAGUGAGAUACUACGUUGGGAAUCGCACACCAAUAUCAAAGCAGAGUGGAGCAAUUAUUUUUCAGCCUGUCAACAGGACUGUGCCUCUCAGGUGUCUAGAAGAAAAAUAUGGUGUAACUCCAGUCCAGCAAAAAGAGCCAAGCACCCCUGAAGGAAAAAUGGAAAGUGCAAAAAGGUUGAGUCUUGGUAUAUCCAGCAUGCAGUCCCCGGAGCAGAGCAUACCCAGAGGAAAUCUGCUGAGAAACAAAGAAAAAAGUGGUAGCCAGCCGGCUAGUUUGGAUCAUGUUCUGGAGAAAAGAUUCCCUUUAAAGGCUCACCAGUCAGAGAGCUAUCUGCUAAUAGGUUCAAGACAUCCAUCUCGAUUACCUGAAGCAGAUGCAAACUCCUGUCCAAGCUCACCUGCAUUUAGAACAGGCAGUGAACCAUCUCUAAGCCCCACAGUUGUUCAGAAAGUCACCUCAGAGUCACAGCUAGGGGAAGCUCUUAGAGGAUCAGACGGUCAGCUCUGUCCAAAGCCUCCACCUAAACCCAGCAAAGCCCCCCUGCUGAAGCCCCCAGAUUCUCCUUUGGCUUCCCACAGCUCUGAAGGACACUAUUGUGAACUAAACCCUGCCAGACAUCCUACAGCAGCAAAACAACGCUUGUGUCAGAAAAACAGCUACGUGGAACAUCUGACACAAAAGGAGAGGGCAACAUUCAGGAACUCUGAAACAAGCUAUUUGAUCCUUGAUGAUGAUCCUACAAUGAACCCUGCAGAUCCUUUAGAAGCUUCAGCUCAGAUGGCUGAAGAAGACAGCAUCUUUUCUGCACCUGUUUAUGAGACAGUGUCUAGUUUUAAACCGAAUGAUUUUGAAUCCAAGCUACUUCCUCCUGAAAACAAGCCAUUGGAAACGUCCAUGUUAAGAAGAGUUAAGGAGCUGUUCACCAACAAUAACCCAAAGAUUAUUGCACACCAUAUUCUUAGAAUGGACUGCAAGGUGGCAAGGAUAGUAGAAGUUUCUGAAGAGAUGAGGAGGAAUAUGGGAGGGAACUCUGGUCUUGAACUGAUCACCUUGCCUUAUGGACAUCAGCUGCGCCUUGACCUGAUUGAGAGGCACAAUACCAUGGCAAUAGGAAUAGCUGUUGACAUCUUGGGUUGCACUGGAAAUGUAGAAGAUCGAGCAGCAACAUUAAACAGGAUCAUCCAAGUUGCUGUGGAGUUGAAGGAGUCACUUGGGGAUUUAUAUGGAUUUUCUGCCAUUAUGAAAGCACUGGAAAUGCCACAGGUCAGUAGAUUAGAACAAACCUGGACGGCUCUAAGACACUGUUAUACCCAGACUGCCAUUAUGUAUGAAAAACAGCUGAAACCAUCUUGCAAAGCUUUGCAUGAAGGACAAGAUGAGUGGACUAAAACUAUCAGUGCUCCACAGAAUAACAUAACGGUGCCGCUGCUGAUGCCUCUUGUUACCUUGAUGGAGCGCCAAGCUGUUGUUUUUGAAGGCAUGGAGCUGUGGGAAAGCAGUGACCAAAGUGGUGAAAUAAUGCUCAGGCACUUGGGCACAGCUCGCCUGAUCGCCCAGCAUGCUGAGAGGUUUCGCCUGACGGCAGAGCAGCUGCUACAAGGUUUCCAGCCAGAUGAGGAGCUGAGUGAAAUCUUCAAGACAGAAUUUCAAAUGAGAUUGCUCUGGGGCAGCAAAGGAGCGCAAGUUAAUCAAAGUGAAAGAUACGAGAAAUUCAACCGGAUCUUAACUGCACUUUCCCGAAAACUGGAACCUCCUCCAGUGAAGCUGGUGGAACAAUUAAGUAUAUAAGACUCUGGAAACACAAUUUAAGUGAUAUACUUGAAAUAACCUUAGCAUUCUUUUGGCAAUUUGAAACUGCACAAACUUCUUGCAUUUCACAAGACGUUUAGAACUUUUAACUGCACAAUGCACACUUGUUUUAAAACUACUGAUUUCUAAGCAAAUUAUUUAUUUACUGUGUCACCAAGUCAUAUACUGGAUCCCUUUAAACUGUUAGGUUUUAUCCCUUUAUUUCCCCAAAGUUGCAAUGUUUUAAUGAUGCCAAGGAGUAAGGGCAUUGGCAUCUUAAUAUUAAGAUGAAGCAAAUAGUGUAAAUAAAAUGAUAGAUUAAUUAUAUGACAUGGUAGGAAAUUUGUUGUAUAAUAUUCCUUUAAUGAAUAUAAAAAACACUGUAGAUAGAAUUGUGAAGUGUAUCUUUAUGGAAAAUAAUAUGCAUAUUUACAAAUCACAGAAACACUGCACGUUGCAGAAAUGAUCCUUUACCUAUAACCAGAAGGCUCAAACAUCAUUGUGCCUAUGAAACUAAUCUGUGUAUGUGUUGGGACGACUUCCCCUUUCUUUUUUUAAGACAGCAUCUGUAGCACGUCAGUUUUUGCUGGGGCCUGCACAACAGCUAAGCUGCCAGGGAUGAAUGAUGAAAUGGCAAGAACAAACAAUCCAGAUAAUUAAAAUGCUUUCAGACAUGAGUAAA